AUGGCUUCAACUCAACCAGAAGCCGAUCCUAGCGAAGAGAAUCAAGCGGGUGGCCAUGUAGAGAUAGACCACGGCUUUGACACCGAGGACUCCGGCUUUGAGCAAGACUCUGUCUUGACACAAUCCGUUCGGUCGAGUAUAUAUCAAUAUAAGGUCGAAAAUGGCCGCACAUACCAUGCAUAUAAAGAGGGCCAGUACUUCAUGCCUAAUGACUUAGCCGAGCAUGAACGACUGGAAUUGCAACAUCGUGCAAUGUUUCUCGCUGCUGGUGGCAAGCUUUUCUAUGCACCUCUCACGGAACCCCAGAAUGUCUUGGAUCUAGGAACCGGCAUUGGAACAUGGGCAAUUGAUGUGGCUGACGCGUACCCCAAGGCCAUAGUGACAGGUGUAGACUUGAGUCCUAUUCAACCCUCCCUCUCUCCACCAAACACUAGGUGGGAAAUCGAUGACAUCGAGGACGACUGGACGUGGCCACCGAACCACUUCGAUCUUAUCUACAGCCAAUUUAUGCUAAGCGGAAGUAUCGCGGAUUUUCCCAAAUAUUUUCGACAGGCUUUCAGACACUGCAAGCCGGGCGGUUACUUCGAGCUUCGCGACCUGGCCACAUACCUGCGAAGCGACCACGCUCCAAUUAGUGAAGACAACGCCGUCGACGAGUGGUGUCGUCUCAUGCGACAAGGCAUCGUCGGAAUGGGACGCAGGCUUGACCUAAACUUCGAGGAACUAGGUGAUCUAAUGCGACAAGUUGGUUUCGUCGAUGUGGUAGUUCGGCCGUUCAAGAUUCCUAUCGGUCGAUGGCCGGCUGAUCCGAGGUUGAAAGAGGCAGGGUUAUUUCAACUGUACGCAAUGUUGGGAGGUGUUGAAGCACUGACACUUGCCAUCUUCACGCGCUGUCUAGGCUGGGAGUCAGAACGUGUUCAAGUAUUCCUUGCUGGUGUGAGGAAAGAGUUUAAAGCGACGAAACGCUAUACUUACUGGCCAUGGUAUGUUGAUGAUCAAGCCCGAACUGAUGGAGCUGAUUUCUUGGUCGCAGCGCCGUCAUCUAUGGGAGGAAGCCUGAGUCUGUGCCCUCAACAGGCUCUGCGCCAUAAGCGACCGGAGUGA